AGCAAAGGAAACAAAUCAUGGAGGAAUCAAGCUGCUUGUUUCCCACGCGAUGAGCUUAAGGCGAAAUCAGCUCCCUUAUUUAUAGCUAUCACAACCCCUUGUUCUCACCCAUCACCUAAAUACAGAAAACACAGAGUGCGAGAGAGAGAACCAAAAGAAGGUUACCAUGGCUUACUAUGGUUACUCUUCCUACGAAUACAAUGAGCCCCAGCAACAGAUGGAGAGGUAUGGUGGAUCCUACAACUCAAGCAUGGCUGGGAAGCAGGCGCCGUCAGAGAGCCCGUGGAACUCUAUUUCUGGCUCUAACUUUCCACCAGGGACUGAUCCGAAGGUGGUGAAGGCGUUUCAAGCUGCAGACGUGGAUGGGAAUGGGUUCAUUGAUGUGAUGGAGCUGAAGAGGGUCCUCUCCUCCAUUACCCAGACCAAUUUCAGCCAACGAACUAUUCGCCUCAUGAUAUCUACUUUCACAAGAUCCAACACCAACCGAGUAGGGCCAAAGGAAUUCAUGAGCGUGUUUGAGGGCCUCAAAACCUGGCUUGUAAGCCAUCCCUCCCAUCCAUGAAGAGAGGCAAAUGCAGUAUUUGACUGCUAACUGGGACUUGCCCGAGUAACUCAGACUGCCAUCCCUAAGC